AUGUCCUCCACCGAUCAUCCGGAGUCUGGGGUGCCCGACUCCAGCCAUCCUCUCGAGUCGGGGCCGACCACGACGACUCCGCAGCAGAGCACUCAUCCUGAGAUCGACACCACAGAUUCCACUGCUUCCCUCGCCAAAUCUGACACGGUCGCAAAGGCGCCCUCACCCACCUCGCCAGCGGUCCUUCACCAACCUCUAUCCGAGGAGAAUGCCGCUACUGCGCCCCAGCACCCCGCAACCGGUGGCGAACCCGUUGCCCCCAUGACCACUACCACCAACACCACGACAACAGGCGCCGCCCAGCCCGUGGCUCUUAAUCAGUCGGCCACCGCGAUUCCAGCCGACACCACCGCCACAAGCCCGAUUGCGCCGUCUCCAUCUGCGGAGUCGCCAUCAAUGGAAACUCACGAGCCCAAGGCUGCGGCUGAACCCUCAGACCAGUCAGAGGAGCUGGGGGGGAAAGAAGUGGAGCAAGCAGGCCCAGCUCUGGUGAUCACUCUGUUGUUGACCACCGGAUCACGACACCCAUUCACGAUCGAUGCGAAGUACCUACGAAAGCAAUCGGUCAACGUGGAGAAUGGCGAUCCUUUUACCAUGAGCGUGUACACGCUCAAGGAGUUGAUUUGGCGGGAAUGGCGAUCAGACUGGGAAACUCGUCCUUCAUCGCCGAGUGCCAUCCGUUUGAUCUCUUUUGGCAAAUUGUUGGACGACAAGUCGCCUUUGUCUGAUUCGAGGUUCAGCGCAGACCACCCCAAUGUGGUCCACAUGACGGUUAAACCGCAGGAGAUUAUAGACGAGGAAGACGCCAAGGGCGCAAAGUCGCAGCUUGGCCGGGAGCGCGAAGCCAGCGAACGUAGUCCUGGGUGCCGCUGCAUUAUUCAAUGA